AUGCCGACCCAAACUGUCUUCCAAGCGACCACAACCUCCUCAUCGGCGAGCCCAACCUGCACGACCGCAAUCCCAGACAAGUACGGAUAUGUCCCACCCGACUCGUGCAAUGCCAACUACGGGUUCUACCCUCAGUGGGAGGACAACACCGCCUUUGCAGUUGCGUUCGGCUUGUCCACCGUAGCUCACCUCGUUCAAGCCAUCAUUCUCAAAAAGUCCUUCUGCUGGGUCAUUGUCAUGGGCGCCUUGUGGGAGUGCGUCUGCUUCGUCCUGCGGGCCUUGGGUGCAAGGGACCAGCAAGAAUCAUCGUACAUGAUCGUGUCAACCCUUUUGUUCUUGUUGGCACCACUCUGGAUCAACGCCUUCGCCUACAUGACCGUCGCUCGUCUCGUUCACUUCCUCCAUCCACGUCGCCGUCUGGCUGGCCUUUCUGCGCAGUGGCUGGCAAAAUGCUUCGUUACCGUCGAUGUUCUAUGCUUCAUUAUCCGAGCGGCAGGCGGCGCGAUGCUCGCAGAUCAGAACAAUUCAGACACUGCAGAUCUGGGGAGAAAGGUGUACAUGGCCGGCGUUGGUGUUCAACUGGGCUGUGUUCUUAUCUUCCUGACCAUUCACACUCUUUUCUAUCGAGAGAUUUCUCGGAACCGGCACGCUGGGAAGCCCAGAGUUCGAAGCCUAUGGACCAUGUGGCUGCUGUGGGUUAUCUACGUGGUUCUUGCUCUCAUUGUGGUCCGCAUCAUUUUCCGUCUCGUCGAGUUCAGCCAGGGUGCCUCAUCUUCCAAUGUCAUAUUGCGCCACGAAGAGUUCCAGUUAUACCUGGAUGCGCUGCCGAUGCUCAUUGCAGUGGUUAUACUCAACGUGGUGCACCCCGGCAUGGUUCUCCAAGGCCCCGAGAGCUCGUUUCCAUCAAUCAAGGCGAAAUGGUGGCAUGGCCGAUCGGUCGCAUUUGAGACACUGGAGCUCUCUUCUAAUGAGAGGAGUUAG